AUGCCGUCUCCCGUCCCUGUUGCAACUCGCCCGAUCAACAAGCCUUCCGUGGGCCGAAAUAAUUACCAGCCAUUCGGGUUCAGAGAAGAGGUUCUGCCCAAGGGCUGGGGUCAGAAUGGCUCCCGACCACUUCCAUGUGAUAUCCACGCGUCUCACGAUGUAGAGAUCAAGGUUAGGGACGGAUGUGCCUUAUACUGUGAUAUUUAUCGCCCGGCCAAUUCGACAGAACCUGUGUCUGCCAUCUUGGCGUGGAGCCCAUUUGGAAAGAAAUUCAAUGGAAUAAGCAUGCUGAAAAUGCUUCCCUGGCACUUGGGGAUUCCGGAAGGAGUGGUUAGUGGCUUGGAGAAAUUCGAAGGCCCCGAUCCAGCAGAGUUUGUUCCUCGCGGGUUUGCCAUCGUCAACGUAGACGCUCGAGGAUCAGGAGACUCCGGUGGAAAUGUUGGUAUUAUGGGCACACAAGAGGCCGAGGACGGGUACGACGUGAUAGAGGCAAUUGCUCGAAUGCCAUGGUGUAGUGGCAACGUUGGUCUGGCUGGAAACUCUCAUUUGGCCAUCGUGCAGUGGUUCAUCGCAGCAUUACGGCCACCGUCCUUAAAAGCCAUUGCACCAUGGGAAGCAUGUGGUGACCUUUAUCGAGAACAAUUCGUGCGAGGGGGAAUAUUUGACGCUGGAUUGUUUGAUUUUAUCAUCGAUCAUAAUAUCCAGGGCCAUGGUGGAGUCGAGGACUUCCAUGAAAUGUAUCGACGAUAUCCCAAGGCUGAUGCCUUAUACUGGAAGGAUAAACGACCAAAUAUAAGUAACAUUAAUAUUCCGGCGUAUAUUACAGCAUCUUAUACCAGCUUCGUGCACACAAUGGGAUCCAUACGAGGAUGGCUACAGAUUACUUCAUCUGAGAAAUGGCUUCGUUUAUGCCCGUGGCAGGAAUGGUAUGAUAUGUGGAAUUGCAAAGAAUCCGCCACCGAUCUUGCAACAUUUUUUGACCAUUAUUUGAAUGGCGUCAAAAAUGGUUGGGAACAAACACCUCGAGUGCGUACGACGAUACUUCGAUUCAACCAAGAUCCGCUUUACAAUAUACCAGAGACGGACUACCUAAUUCCACGCACUGAAUAUCGAAAAAUGUAUUUCCACGGUAAUGAAAAGUUGGACUUCGAAACUCCUCAGUCAUCCACAUCUAUCUCGUACAAUGCGGAGAAGUAUCUAGACUGUGCUAGCUUCCAAUAUACCUUCCCAGCCAAAACGCGACUUGCUGGUAUUCCCAAGGCAGUUGUAUACAUAGCCUGCCCAGAAUUUCAUGAUAUGGAUGUUUACGUUCUCGUGCGCAAGCUGGAUGCCCAAGGAAAAUCCUUGCUCAAUCUCAACAUACCUUGGUCAAGUGUUGCGCAGCACGGUGUCAGUCCGGACAAUCUGGAUCAGAUCCCCCCACGAAACAAAAACAACUUAAUGUUCCACGUUGGGUCACUAGGAAUUCUACGAGCUUCUCGCAGGGCAAUUGAUAUAUCGCAGUCGAUACAUGAAAAUUAUCCGUUUCACCCGCAUGAUCGAGAUGAGUAUAUUUCUCCCGGAGAAAUUGUCAAGUUAGACAUCGGGAUUUGGGCUAUGGGAGUAGAGUACGAAGCCGGCGAGAGCAUCCGAGUGGAAGUGCACGGAAAUAGCCCCUUGUUAAGGGGAGAGUUCAAGGACAACAACGAAUUUCAGAAACUUGCAUCGCACGGGACCCAUAUUGUCCAUCUCGGGGGUGACCAUCCUUCGCACAUUAUCUUACCUUUUGUUUGA